CAAGCUUAAAAGACAGAACUCGAACGCUGUGUACGUCCCAUUGCAUUGAGUCGCUACUUUUCCACCUAAAGAAAGUCAUAGAUGUCUUUAUAAAGUACAAAACCAAGAGAAACUUUUUUCAGAGCUUAAUUUUCAGUCUUCUGGUUUUCUGUUGGCCUCCCAAGAACUCUGGUAAGCCACUCCAAUGAAAAAACUGAAAGCCCCAAGCUGGUUUGAGAGCCAUGUUUGGUUGGUGACAGAAUAAUCAUGGGUUGUUGGCAGAAAUCUCUAGUAACAUUCAGCUGAAACCAAAAUCCCAGACAGAACCCAAUUUUGCUUUUCUUGUUUGAUGAGCUUGGUGGAUUUUCACAUUGUGUAAGUUCAAUUACAUUUGUGGGGAAAUAUGGCUAAUGGGACUCAAAACCAUGAGCGGGUGCCAGAGAAUCUCAGAAAACAGUUUGCUGUUGCUGUGAGAAGUAUUAAGUGGAGCUAUGCAAUUUUCUGGUCAUUGUCAACUUCACAACAAGGGGUGCUGGAAUGGUGUGAAGGGUACUACAAUGGGGACAUCAAAAUCCGGAAGACCGUUGAAGGCGUGGAACUUAAAACUGAUAAAAUGGGUUUAGAGAGGAAUGCACAACUGAGGGAGCUGUAUAAGUUUCUUUUAGAAGGCGAAACCGAGCCACAAGCUAAAGCGCCUUCUGCUGCAUUGAAUCCAGAGGAUCUCUCAGAUGCUGAGUGGUAUUACUUGCUUUGCAUGUCCUUUGUCUUCAAUCCUGGCGAAGGUUUGCCAGGAAGAGCAUUAGCAAAUGGGCAAACCAUUUGGUUAUGUGAUGCUCAAUAUGCAGAUAGUAAAGUAUUCUCUCGCUCUUUGCUGGCGAAGAGUGCAUCUAUUCAGACUGUGGUCUGCUUUCCCUAUCUGGGCGGUGUUGUUGAGCUAGGUGUGACUGAGCUGGUACCGGAGGACCUUAGUCUCAUUCAACACAUCAAGGCUUCUUUACUCGAUUUCUCAAAGCCCGAUUGCUCUGAGAAAUCUUCCUCUGCACCUCAUAAGGCAGAUGAUGAUUCAGACCAAGUGCUUGCUAAGGUUGACCAUGAAAUAGUUGAUACAUUGGCUUUAGAGAACCUAUAUUCCCCCUCAGAAGAAAUCAAAUUUGAUCCGAUGGGAAUCAAUGAUUUACAUGGAAACUAUGAAGAGUUCAACAUGACCUCUCCUGAGGAAUGUUCUAAUGGUUGUGAGCACAAUCAUCAGACAGAAGACUCCUUUAUGCCUGAAGGUAUCAAUGAUGGGGCUUCUCAAGUUCAGAGUUGGCAUUUCAUGGAUGAAGACUUCAGCAUUGGUGUUCAAGAUUCCAUGAAUUCUAGUGACUGCAUAUCUGAAGCUUUUGUUAAUAAAAAAAGGGCUCAAUCUUCCCCUAGACACGAGAGUGUCAACCGUAACCAUUUAAAGGAACUUGAAAACCUCAAUGACACAAAAUUUAGCUCCUUGGAUCUCGGACCUGCUGAUGAUCAUAUACACUACACAAGAACUCUUUCUAAUAUUCUGGGAAGCUCAACAAGGUUGACUGAAAACCCAUGUUCUUGCGAUGGAGAUUGCAAAUCCAGUUUUGUGACAUGGAAGAAAGGAGUCGUUGAUAAUUGUAGGCCAACAGUACAUCAGAAAAUACUAAAGAAGAUUUUGUUUACAGUUCCUUUGAUGUGUGGUGCGAGCUCCCAAAAUACUAUACAAGAUGGGCUCUCGAAGCUGCAAAGUGAUGAUAUUCACAAGGGACAUGUUAUGCCUGAUAAACUGAAAGAGAAUGAAAAAUUGCUGGUCCUGAGGUCAAUGGUUCCUUCUAUCAGUGAGGUUGAUAAAGCAUCGGUCCUGGAUGACACAAUUAAGUACUUGAAAGAGCUUGAGGCAAGAGCAGAAGAGAUGGAAUCCUGCAUGGACACCGUGGAAGCGAUAGCUAGAAGGAAAUACCUGGACAGGGCAGAGAAGACAUCAGAUAACUAUGAUAAAAUAAAGAUGGAUAAUGUUAAAAAGCCUUGGCUAAACAAGAGAAAGGCCUGUGACAUUGACGAAACUGACCCAGAUCUCAAUAGGCUUGUUCCCAGAGAAAGCUUGCCACUAGAUGUGAAAGUCAUUUUAAAAGAGCAGGAGGUUCUGAUAGAGAUGAGAUGCCCUUAUAGGGAAUAUAUCUUGCUUGAUAUAAUGGAUGCCAUUAACAAUCUGUACUUAGAUGCUCACUCAGUCCAAUCAUCCACCCUUGAUGGUGUUCUCACAUUGAGCCUUACAUCAAAGUUUCGAGGAGCAGCGGUUGCACCAGUUGGGAUGAUAAAACAGGCGCUUUGGAAAAUUGCCGGUAAGUGUUGAGAAGCCGGCAAAGCUAAUAAACUUGUAUUUGUAGGAUUUCUAUAGGCAGGAAGAGUAAUGUAGCUAUUUGAAGUUAAAAUUUGUAGCAGUAACUGGAGCAGUUUGAUAUAGUUCCUAACAUGCAUCCCUUCUCUACUAUUUAUCACUGGAUAAUAAGCUUCACCAUUGGUGACUUUUGUCAUGUGAUGAAGAAAUGGAACAUCCAUUGUAAUUUAUCUAGUUUCAGCUAGAGUUAGAGUGUGAGUUCAAUAAAGUAGUAAUUUUAUCUCUUUUA